CUUGGGAGGAGGAAGAAGACCGAUGGGUAGAAUUCAGUUCCUCAUCUCCUCCCGCAUCUCCAUGGGCACAUUCCCAGAGAAACCUCAAGAAUGGCAGAACCGAGUCGGAGCUCCGCAUCUACCUCCUCCUCAUCUUCUUAUCCGGUCAAUAGGGGGGAUUCAGGUGCUGCCGCGUCGUCUUCAAAUACUUCCGUAAGGGAAGAACACGACCGGUACCAGCACCGCCAUCAUGAUACAGAGUUAGAGCAUCACCAAAAUGGUGUAUCGUAUCGGGGAAGCUUCUUUGCUUUUGAUAUUUCAUCAGAGGUGAUUACCGAUGACACCUGGUCUUGCAUCAUUGUGGUUCUUACUUUUUGGUUUUUCGUUGCAAUGACUCUGAUUUUGGGGGUUUAUGGGGCUUCCAAUAUAAGCCUUGGUCCAAAUUGCUCGCUUCUUAUUCAGCCUAACCCUAUAUUUGUCCAAAGUAUAACGAUAGAAGAGUCCAAUGGUGCUGCGAAUGGAAUAGAGCUAUAUGGGUUUUAUAAAACCCCACCUCUUGAUGUAGAAACCACUUGGUCUGAAACUUACGUUACUACUGUUCAAGUUUAUUCUCACAAGUCGUGGAUUUAUUAUCUCAAUGAGGGCUCUCAAGUUAACAUUUCAUAUACGGUGAACUCCUCUGGCUCCUCUGUCUUCCUUAUAAUUGCUCAAGGAAGUGACGGCCUUACACAAUGGCUUGAGGACCCAACAUAUCCAAACACCACUUUGUCAUGGAAUGUUGUUCAUGGAAGUGGUGUGAUCCAGCAGGAUAUAGACAUAGCUUCAAGUUACUACAUUGCAUUGGGUAAUCUAAACUCAGAGGAAGUGGAGGUGGAGUUGAAUCUCAGAUUAAAGGCGUGGAAGUAUAACACAACUGAAGCUUAUUACAAGUGUACUUUUACCCAAGGACGAUGUAGCCUGAGUGUUUUAUUUCCUAAGGGAAAUAUUGUUGUCUUGACCUCUCCUAGCCCAAACCAGGAACCAUUAUCUAAAACUGGAGAUAAACUUAAAAAAUUUCAAUUCCAAUACUCAGAAGCCAUUUUCAGAAGUUCAUUUUUUGGCAUCUUUCUAAAGAAUAUUCCAGAGGUAUUCUCGUAAUAUUAAAACCUUAGGUUCAGUUGGUCAUGCAAAAACCUCUAAAAUGCCUGCUUUUUAAUCCAUGGUUUGGUACCAUUGGCUUGUGAAACAUAUAUUCCAAUACUUCUGGUCUUCUAGACUAAGAGCCUUUUAAUUCCAUCCUAAUAAGUAUUUACAUGUUAUUUUGCAUUUUGGCUGCCUCAGAAUACAUCUGCAGAUGACUUGUCUGUCCGACUGUCAUAUGGACCAAGAUGGAUCACAUAUAUAUGUGGCAUUGGUGGAAUGACGGUGAUCAUGUUGGCUGCCUUCAACUUCUUAAACAAAAUCCAAUGCUACCGUGGAGGUGAAAGUGGAAAUCAAUAUGCAGAAGUUGGAUCGGAGAGGGCGCCUCUCCUUUCUCGUAAAGAUGAUGAUCUCUCAAGUUGGGGUUCAUCUUAUGAUUCUCUCUCCAAUGGUGAGGAUGAUCUUGAGGAAUUUCUGGCAGCUAGUAACAUUGAAGGGACAUCACUAAGAGAUGGUGAAAAUAGUAACAACACCAGACGUCUCUGUGCAAUUUGCUUUGAUGCUCCCAGGGACUGCUUUUUCCUUCCUUGUGGGCACUGUGUGGCUUGUUUUGAAUGUGGAACAAGGAUAGCAGAGGCUGAUGGAACCUGCCCGAUUUGCCAUAGAAACAUGAAGAAGGUGAGGAAGAUUUUCACAGUAUAAGCACCACCCAGCUUCAUGUUACACAAAAGACACACUGCUCAAAGUAAUUGCAAGCCUAGAAGCAUUCUACUCGAUUUCUUUUCAUGCUGAUGGAUGCAUUGAUCAAGUUAAAUGAAGAGCAGAAAAUAUCAGCAUUGUUUUGAAAAAAGUUGAACAACCAUGCAUUUUGUCUACUGAGUUGGCAUUCCACCAAUGCAUCCAUCCUUCCAUCCAUCCAUAUAGAAUAUAAUAUCAGAGCACACGCAGAAUUUUAUAUGCAAAAUCCUUGUUCUCUUCCCUUGGUUUUUUUCACCCCUUGCUUUCAGAGGUAGGUAUCUGUGGUUCUGCAUUCCAAUUCGCUUCGUAGUUUCAUGAUUCUGCCAACACUCAUGAUUCAUUCUGACGUCUGAUAUAACAAGACAGCAAUUGAAAUUUUAUUUGUCUGAUUGUUUAGGAGCAAAUUGAUUAGCCCCACCUCUUAAUAUAAUUUAUCUUUUUGA